GACGCGUGGCUCUCUCGUAUCCAUUCCCCACAUCGGCGGAAAAGAGGUAUCGAUGUGCCACGAACACGAACUCGACGUUUCGUCUUCCACCAUCCGCCGCCGCCCGCCACCCCCGCGCCUUGAGCUGCCGAGUCACCUCCUCCUCGGCUGCCGCCGAAUUCCCCGCGCCGUGCGCCUCUAGGGUAGGGCCUACCCACUUCGCCGCUCCACCGGGUUGUACACGGGUUCGUCCGGGCGCGCCUCGCGGUCGGUGGGGUCGCGUCGCGGGGGGCCGGGGGCGACGACAUGGACGAGGAGCGGACGGCGGCAUGGUGGGGCCAGCGGGCGUGGGCGCUCCUCUCGGCCGUCCGCGCGCGGGCGCCGCUGGUGCAGUGCAUCACCAACCUCGUCUCCAUGGACAUCGCCGCCAACGCGCUCCUAGCCGCGGGCGCGUCCCCGGCCAUGCUCCACUGCCUCCGCGAGGUCCCCGACUUCACCCCGCGCUGCGGCGCCGUGUGCGUCAACGUCGGCACGCUCUCCGAGGACUGGCUCCCCUCCAUGCGCGCCGCCGCCUCCGCGGGCCGCCCCUGGGUGCUCGACCCCGUCGCGGCCGCCGCCUCCGACUUCCGGAUGGAGGCCUGCCUCUCCCUCCUCGCCCUCCGCCCCGCCGUCGUCAGGGGGAACGCGUCAGAGAUCCUCGCCCUCGCCUCUCGUUCAGCUGCCGCCUCAUCCACCUUCAAGGGCGUGGACAGCACGCAUGACUCGGGGGACGCGCUCCAAGCUGCCAAGGCACUGGCGCGAUCCACCGGCGCCGUCGUCGCGGUGUCGGGUGCCGUCGACUACAUCACCGACGGGGCGCAGGUCGUCGGGGCGAGCAACGGCGUGGCCCUGAUGCAGAAGAUCACGGCGACGGGCUGCGCGGUGACGGCCCUCGUCGCGGCGUUCGUCGCGGUGGAGCCUUCGGAUGCGCUGGUCGCGGCGGCGUGCGCCCUCGCCGUGUUCGGCCUGGCGGGGGAGAUCGGGAUGGAGUCGGCCAAGGGGCCUGCGUCUCUCAGGGUGCAUCUCAUUGACGCUCUCUACGGCCUCGAUGAGCAAACCGUGACCUCCCGAGUCAGAAUCUCGCUGCAAUCGUAGUUCAUCCGCACCAUGGUGAGCAGUUUUGAGGGCAAAAUACACAGGGUUUGGAAUAAUGUGCAGUUUGUUUGACUUCACUUUUAGCGGUAUCAAAUUAACCGUUGCUUGGCCCCAUGUAGAACAAUAAAUAUACCGGUGAUCUUCUCGGUUGUACUGAAUAUUCAGUUGUGAUGCCAAAACUGUCAAUGCUGAACAAAAUAGGAAGCUUUUUGUGGGCAAGUGGAAA